CCUCGUUCUUUUUCUGAGCGUAAUAUUCAAAGAGUAGUUUUUUAGGACUCACGAUAGUUAACCACGGUUGAAAAAUGGCUUCUUCAGAGGCUAAGAAGCAGAUUCUGCUGAAUGCAUUUGAUAUGUCAACCAUUGGCCAUCUUUCACCGGGCCAAUGGAAAAAUCCCGCCGACAAGUCAGCUACUAAACGCAACCUUGACUAUUGGCUGGAGUUAGCAAAGCUGCUAGACAGAGGAGGGUUUAAUGCCUUGUUCCUCGCGGAUACGUAUGGAGGCUACGACACCUACGAGGGGAGCCUCGACAAUUGUAUCAGAAGAGCCGCACAAUGGCCCGUGACAGAUCCAACUAUCCCAAUCGCGGCAAUGGCUGCCGUAACGAAAAAUCUCUCUUUCGCCAUCACUGCUUCAACCUCGUUUGAGCCUCCUUUCUUAUUAGCAAAACGCUUUUCUACGUUAGACCACUUUACCGGGGGGCGAUUCGGUUGGAAUAUCGUCACUUCCUGGAAGAAAGCUGCCUUUAAAGCCAUUGGCCUCGAUACCCCCAUCGAUCAUGACGAGCGGUAUCUUCAAGCUGACGAGUACUUGAAAGUACUCUACAAGCUUUGGGAGGGAUCGUGGGCAGACGACGCGAUUUCCCCUGAUCCGGAAAACGACACCUAUGCCGACCCGGACAAGAUUCGCACGAUUAAUCACAAAGGGAAGUACUUCACUCUGAACACAAAACACAUCGUCGACCCGUCUCCGCAGAGAACCCCGUUUCUAUUCCAGGCCGGGACUUCUCCCGCCGGCUCCGAAUUCGCAGCGACGCACGCGGAAGCCAUCUUCGUCUCCUCCCACUCUGCGUCCGUCCUCCGGCCCAAGAUCGCCAAGAUCAGGGAACUAGCUGCUUCCAAAGGUCGGGACCCGCGCUCGCUCAAGUUCUUCGCGACUUACACCCCCGUCGUCGCGCCCACCGACGAGGAGGCGCACGCGAAAUACGAAGAGCUGCUAAAAUACGGCUCGGUCGUCGGCGGCCUCGUCCUGGUCAGCGGCUGGACCGGGAUCGACCUGUCCAAGAUCCCUCUGGACCAAGAGAUCACCGCGGCAGACUCGCUGGAGGCUCACAAAGUGCGCAGCAUCUUGGACGCGUUCACUACUACGAGCAAAGACAUCCCGAAGUGGACGCCCCGCGUGAUCGCCCAGAAAGCGUCGAUAGGAGGUCUCGGCCCCGUGGGUAUUGGAUCCCCUCAGACCGUAGCGGAUGACCUGGAACGCUGGAUAGAAGAAGGGGACUUGGACGGGUUCAACAUCGGUUAUGUGACCACUCCUGGGUCGUUCGAGGAUGUAGUCGAUCUUUUGAUUCCGGAGCUAAGGCGGCGUGGGAUUUAUCCCGAUCCCCUGCCUGAAGGAGAGACUCUUACUGCUCGGGAGAGGGUCUACGGGAAGGGUCAAAAGGGGCUUAGGGAUGACCAUGUCGGGUCUAAGUAUAAGUACGAUGUAUACCAGGAAGAGCCACCGUAUCAGGAGACGGAGACGCCCAAGGACGGGAGUAACUGAAUAGACUCGUUGAGUCUUCCACCCGGGCCAUCAAGGUAGGUAGCUUGUAGGGCGAAAUAAUAAUAUAUUUUCAAUGAGUUAGCAUGUACCCAGUGAUGUAGUAUAACCCACCCUGAUAUAUUCUAGACUCUAGUUAGGAAGAGGUCUCCCGACGGCGAGAUACAUAGUAAAAUCACGAAAAUUGCCCCGUUCUAAACAAAUCUCUAGCGUCCGAUGUGCGACUCUCCCAGACCGAAUGUAUACAAUUGGCGCAAAGUCUAGAUAGGUCUCUUCCCCGCCUUGCUCUGACGUUUCCUUCACCGGCGCGCAAUAAAAACCUCGCGCGUAACCCUAUAUUGGUUGGAGAAACCCCGCCCCAAGCUCCAUUGCGUGAUCGAAUCGGUCGUGUUGCGUGAUCGUAGCCAAGCAACGUCGGAACGCUAUGGCACACGCGCAACAACCCGGUAUUGAUGUGAUAUCGCGUCGUGGCUAGCGGCGGGUCACUCCGCCGGCCCUCGGAGACGGGAUGGGUUGGGUCUUGAUAAUAGCCGUAAAUCUAGGUAUGUAUGUAU